AUGGGCAGAAGCAGAUCCCACUCAGAAUCCCGAGUAGAUGACAACCCAGGCGAGUUCUUAGUUAACAAGGAAUGGAAGCUGAUCAAGAGGCUUGGGGCGGGUUCCUUUGGAGAGAUCUUCUAUGCCCUAAACAAGGUCACCAACGAGGAGGCAGCAGUGAAAAUGGAAUUCUUCCGUCAUGGUGCACCCGUGCAGCUUCAAACAGAAUGUCAGUUACUGCGACUGCUAAAGGACUGCCCCGGUAUAGCCAAACUCUUCUGGUAUGGUCGUGAUGGUGAACAGAAUUUUUACACUGCUCUUGUAAUGGAAUUUUUAGGACCCAGCCUGGAGGAUUUGCAUGUUUCCUGUGACUGCAAAUUUUCGCUGAAAACGGUUGCCCUUUUAGCAGACCAGAUGAUAAAACGGGUGGAGACGCUGCACAAGCGUUGUCUCAUCCAUCGCGAUAUUAAGCCCGAUAAUUUUGCUAUGGGCUGUGGACCAAACUUUAAUACUGUCUAUAUAAUUGAUUUUGGUCUUUCUAAGUUUUACAUGGACCCCAAGACCAAAGAACACUGUCCAUUCAAGGACUUUCGAAACCUCACUGGAACUGCACGUUAUUGCAGUGUUAACGCCCAUGCAGGCUACGAGCAGUCGAGGCGCGAUGAUCUGGAAUCACUUGGAUACGUUUUUGUCUACUUUCUUCGUGGUAAAUUGCCAUGGCAAGGCCUACAGGCAGACAGUAAACGAGAGAAGUUCAGAAAGAUAUAUAAGAAGAAGAUGAGCGUCAAAACGGAGUCACUGUGUGAGGGUCUACCGGAGGAGUUCGCCAAAUAUCUGAAUUACUGCAAAAAUCUUGCUUUCGAAGAGGAACCCAAGUAUCGGUAUCUGAGGAGCUUGUUUUGGCGCGUGCUCGACAAAAGGGGCUAUAAAUAUGAUUUACAGUUUGACUGGACUAUGCCGACAAAUGAUUUAUAA